UCCUGCUGGUAUCAUAGUGGACGUCGUCGUUAAACGAGUCCAUAGUUCAACGAAAUUGUGACAUCUUUAUUCACCCGACUAAUUCUAGCUGUGGACUCGAUUAAGCUUCAAAACGUCAAGAUUUAUCCCAAACACCCUCCUAAAUUGUGUCUCAUAACCGCAUACAUCUCGCUGCUGAUAAGAAUUCACGAGAUGGCUCUUAUUUUUCAGUGCGCCGAGGAGAAGUGAACGUGACAGGAUCAGUUAAACGGGAUUGUCGCCGAGCCCGGAGUACGAACAAAAGUUUCCACGAUUACGUGCUGUAAAUCAAUGUUUGUUGCCCCUUUUAUAAAAGCAUCAACAACGCUAACUUGUGUUCGUUGCUCUAAUCAGGAUCGUGGUAAACACAAAUCUGACGGCCAUCAGAAUGUACUUUACGCUCGGCUUUUCCUCGGAGGCGGACACACAAAAAUCUAUGAUUUAGCUGACAUUUUAGAAGAGCGAUGAACGAUCAAGCGAAUCAUUUCCUGCUCCGCUGGAGGACACCUGGUCGGAGCUAAAUGACCCGGACCGGUAGACGGCGAUGAGCUCGUUACCUGCACAAUCUGCGACCCGUUUUUUUUUUUUCCCCUCUUUUCUUUUUAUUCCUUUCUGACCAAAAACUCGUUAUUCCAGAGUCUACAAGUUCAAUGUGCAGAAGAAGAAUUGGACACUGUUGCGCUGCUGGCUCCUAUAUACGUUUCCCCUUGCAGUCGGUUUCGCUCCGUUGGCACAACCAGCCACGAAAGCAAUAAGCGUUUGAAGCCAAUCAGCAGCAAUUAUAAGCCGAAACAUUUCCAGUUCGUUAAUCUCCGCAUAGACAACAGCAAUUACACGAAUGUCUUCAAGUGCAACGACGUUGUUUACGACUGGCGUGUUGAUGGUGUUCAUGGCCUUUUGGUGCGUUCCACUCGGCAGGGCUCAAACGUACGACAGAUGCCAACUCGCCAGCGAUUUACUCCACAAGUACAAACUGCCGGCCAAUCAAAUCUCUCAGUGGAUUUGCCUUGUGCGCUGGGAAAGUAAUUUCAACACGUCUGCCAUCGGCUCUCUCAACGCGGAUGGCUCUCUCGAUCAUGGAUUGUUCCAGAUUUCCGACUUGUAUUGGUGCGAUCACGCACAGGGCAUGGAUAGCGCCUGUGGUAUCACUUGUGAAGACCUAAGGAACGAGGACAUUAAAGACGACGUCAUUUGCGCCAAGCGAAUCUUCCGGCAACAUCAGCACUUGACGGGAAAUGGCUUCAACGCGUGGGUGGCGUGGAAGCUUCACUGUCAGGGAGAUACGGAUUCUUACACGGCCGAUUGUACUACUACUAAAGGUAGCCCAUCACUGGCCAACGAUUCGUCGGGCGCCGAUCGGGAGCGGAAACCGCAAUCGUCCGCUCAACCAGAAAACCCGCAACAGCAGCAACCCAACUGGCUAUGGUCCCCGUUCAGUCAACCAAUUCCGACCGGUUGGCUAUUCUUUUUGGGCACAAAAAUAAAGUAACAGAGAAAGAACAGAAAAUAAAACGAUGCUUAUAGAAAGAGA